UCAGUAAGUCUGUGUGCAGCUCCUCCCUCCUGCAGCAGCUCAUCAUCCUGUUGGUUCAACUGGUAGUCAGCAAGGAGCAACGACGAGAGGCUCAAUCUGGUCAAAGAAGAGUCAAACAUGGCAACAGGAAACAACACCAGCUGAAGCAAAACAUAUCCAAAACCAGCAAAGCUCCAGAGUAGUAAAUAAGGACUGCACUGUCCCAAAAUUGUGUUAACUGCUGAAGCUGAGUUGAUUUGACUUGGAGAAACAGAACCAGGCCUUUGGGAGCUUCAUGAAGAACCAUAUGAGGUGGUGAUCAUAUUCAGCUGCUAGAGACAAACUCAAAGCAGUGGAAAGCGUCAGCUGAGGACACAGCAGCAGUCAACAUGAUUGACCUGAGUUUUCUGACAGAGGAGGAGCAGGAGACCAUCCUGGCUGUGUUGAAAAGGGAUGCUGAGCUGAAGAAGGCUGAGGAGCAACGUGUCCAGAACCUGCAGAAGACUGUUAGUAACAGGGGCCAGCUGAGGUACCUGACUGGAGAGUGGUUCUAUGAGACCAAACAGCUUCGCCAUCAGGAUCGCAUCCAUGGCUCCGACAUCAUCAGGGCCUCCAUGAGACACACACAUAAACCACUAACUAUAUUGGAGCUCUCGCAGAUCCUCCCUGAGAAGUCCAGUUUUGUCAGCAGUGAAAAUAAGGAAGUGUUUGUCCCACCUGUUCUCUGUGGACUUCUUCAGGAGCCUUACCUGCAGCUCAGCAAUGAAAGGUAUCAGAAACAGAACCCCGAUGACACACCACAAGACACACCUAAACCAGUUUUGCAGUCACCCACAAAGAAGAGAAAGAAUCCUUUCAAUAUCAAGCUCGAGGACAGACAGUUACUGGAUAGAGCAGUGGAUCAAACCCAGACACCAAAUGAGGAGCCUUUACCAUCAUCCGACAGCUCCAUUUGUUAUGCUAGUAACCUUAGACAAGACCCUAAUAGCCUGAUCGCCCAUAAUGCAUCUGUUCCCAUGCCAAUGCCUGAAAACAAAGCAGUCAACACCAGUUCUCAGGACUGUUUUGUUGAAGUAGAUGGACCAGGGGGUAGAAAGACUCACCCUGAUGCUCCACAGGGCAUCCUCAAGCACUUCUCUACUUCUAGCUCCACAGACUCUCUGUUCUCUCAUCUGGACCUGCAGAGUCCAGUUAAUCUGGAUUCUCCCACUGAGACCUGGAUAGACAAGAAGCAGGUGAGGUUCAGCACCAUGGUCAGUCACAGUGGAGAGGAGUGGCAGGAUGGGGAGGAACUGGGAGAGCACAGGAAUUCUCAGACAUAUGUCGAGAGCAUAAAAAAUCUGUCAGUUCAAAAGGAAAUGACAGGUGAGGAUACUGCUGGCAGGUCCCAAGAAAAGAUUUUGUCACCACAGACUGGAUGUAGUCUCUCUGUACAUUUAUUAAAAGAAGAUGGCACUUAUAGAGCUAAUCCAGUCCUCAUCUAUGAGGAGACAGAUGACUCUUUAACCGGUUCAGUACCAGAGUCAGGGGAAAACAGCAUCGCUCCAAAGCAGCAGGUGGGUGCUCCAGUUUCUCCUCCCAGACAGCCUCGUUCCAGUCCUCAAAAGGACAGGCCAGCCAAGAUCAGUGACCUUAAGCAUUUCUGGGAGUCAGAGCAUACAGGACCCAGGGUAAUCGCUGCAAAGGUUAGGGAAGCCUCAAGCAGCUCAGUACCCCCUAACAAAGUGGUUACCCCACAGUCUGAUCCAACCACAUCCUUAUAUAAGAGAGAGACGUAUGAAGAAGAGGCACAAACUUCUCAACACAAAACCAACUCCAGUGAGGUCUUGAAAUCAUUGAAAUUGACAGACAAGGGUUUUUUCAGUGAGGGUCCAGAUGGGUCACAGCUGAGGAGUCCUGAUAAUACAGGGGAUGCACAGUCAAUACCGUGUCACCAAUACUAUUCCAAGGCUGAUAUAGAGUCUCAAGAAAGAUCCCUCAGUCCUAGUAAAUCCCAAACACCAAAAUCAAAAGACCAGGAGGAUGAAGUCAGGAGGAGUCCAUCCAAGACCUACCACCCAAGAGUCCUACCAAGAGAGUCCUCCAGUCCUGAGAGAUCCAGACUAGAGGGUUCCCCCUUGAAAACCUUUCCAAUAGACAUUGAACCUCAAACUAAGGUUGUUGAAGAGCAACAAGGGAAGCCGAGUCCCUCACAUGGAGCAAAGCAAACAGUGGUGACAGAUACUAAACCUUGCAAAGACAUCACAUCAAGUCCUCUACCUUUACAUCCAGAGGACAGAGGGGCUUACUUUGUUAAUUUAAAUACACAACAAAGUAAUUCAAGCUCCUCUAGUUCAAAACAAUACAAAAAAUCUUCAGAAAAAAAACUGGGAACCUUUACAAGCCUCGCCAGAUCUUUCAUCAAUCAGGAUUUCCAGCACUACCUUGGGCCACAGGAGAAGGCCCAUGUCCCACCUUUUCACCAAGACAAAGGUAUUGCUGAGGAGAGUGAUGCGGCACGCAAACCACAAAGUGCCCUCAGCAACCUUGUAGGAAACCAUAGUUACAGUCCCACUGAGGGGAAUCCUACUAGAACCAGUUCUUGGAUUGUGCAAAAGAAAGAAGGAAACUCGAGCCAAGACACAACCAGGGCCUGGUCCCUGUCUCGGGCAAGUCCAGGCAGUUAUGAUGAUUGUUCUAGUCCCGUCAUGUCAGCUCUGAAACGAUUAUCUUUGAGGAGUACAUCUUCAUUCAAAAGUCUGGAAAACCUCACCUCACAAUCAAUUUCUUCUCUUCCACCAUCAGCCUCCACUCUCUCCAACUCAGAGCCAAUAAAAAGCAGUGUGUCGGUGCCUGUUCUACAGCAGGACGAGACAGACAGUGACAGCACUUUUGAGACUAACUUGGGCAUGAGGAGAAACACAGGCAGCUCCACGUCUAACACAAGUCUCUCCUCAGGAAUGGCCUCCAUGUUGUUUGACAGCAGCAGCAUCAGCAGCCUUCACCAUGCAGUCUUUGGUGACAUUGAAAUUCAGGGAAACAUCCAGUUAGCUGUGAACUACAUCCAGAAGCUUAGAGAAUUUCACAUCUUUGUGGUGCACUGCAGGGAGCUGGCCAUUGCCGACACCAAGAAGAACCGCUCUGACCCCUAUGUGAAAUGUUAUCUUCUCCCUGACAAAACAAAGUUGGGAAAGAGGAAAACCACUGUAAAAAAGAAAACUUUAAACCCCACCUACAACGAAAUCCUCCGGUUCAAAGUAAUAAUGGAGGUGUUGAAAACUCAGAAUUUAAACAUUUCUGUGUGGCACAACGACACCUUUGGACAGAACAGCUUCCUGGGCGAGGUGGAACUGGACUUGUCAGAGUGGGACUUCAGCAACACACAGAUAAAUGAAUACACAUUAAAAGCCAGGGUGUCAGCACAAACCUCAGCUCUGUCUUCCUCACAUCUGAUGGAUGGCAGAGGAUUAAUGAAAGUCGCCCUGAGAUUUCUGCCGCAGACAACCAACAGUAAGAGAACAUCUAAGAUGGCGACUGGUGAAGUGCAGAUUUGGGUGAAAGACUGCAAGAAACUCCCUUCAGUCAGAGGAGAAAUCAACCCGUUUGUGAAAUGCACCGUACUUCCUGACACAAGCUGGAAAAGCCGUCAGAAGACCAGGGUGGUGAAGAGAACAGCCAACCCAAUGUUCAACCACACCAUGGUGUAUGAUGGCUUCCGAACAGAAGACCUCAGAGAAGCCUGUGUGGAGAUCACAGUGUGGGAUCACGAACGACUGAGCAGCCACUACAUAGGAGGCCUGAGGCUUGGACUAGGGACAGGAAAGAGUUAUGGGAUGGACGUGGUUUGGAUGGAUUCAACGACAGAUGAGGCAAAUUUAUGGCAGAGGAUGUUACAGUCUGAAGGUGAAUGGGUGGAGGAUGUUUUACCUCUGAGAAUGUUGAUGUUAGCAAAAAGCAUGUCAAUGUGAGACUGAAUAAGAUGUGUUGCUAAAUGAAUGGAAAUGUUAUAGGAGCACACUGCAUAUACAUCUGGCUGGAUCUACAUACACACUAUACCUUAAUGAGCAACUUGUAUGUAUCUGUAUAACUGAUGAUCAUUGUAUGAUACAUUAAUGCACAAUCUAAUGUGGCAGAGGAUACAAUCUAACUUAUAAAACAUAAUCGUUUUAAUCUGAAUAUUUGAUCUGAGCAGUUAUUAUAAUCCCGUUGUUCUGAUUACUGCAUCAAGCACUUCUUAUUUUCAAUAAACAGAAUAUUAAUGCAA